CGGGACCCUGCUACCACAAAAACAUCUUCCCUGUACCACUACAAAGGAGAAAACAUUUUAUAGACGUUCUCUGGAAUAAAACGUUCAUAGAUAUCCCUGACACAAAAUUGCUUACUUCAGAUUUCUGUGAAUGCUUGCAAGCAAACAAGGUACUAGACAAUAAACAAAUCUAAGCGGGGCGAAUAUUAUAGGCAAGCAAACAAAUUUAUAAAAACAAUCCAAGAUAAGCGCCCAAUCGUAGGAUCGAGGCAGAGAUAGUCUCAUGGCAAAAUCAGAAGCGAAAGAAAUGAAUACCAUGUCAGUGAACUGGUCUGGAUUUGACGCUCUUGCCAUGGAUUAUGUCGAAUCAGAGAGACUUCUGUUGUGGGACAGUGAGCAGGCAGAAGCCUCCUCCUCCUCCUCAUCUGCUUCACAUAUGUAUUCGUCCUCAAAUAUAAGUUCUUCUACGCGCGAAAUGAUACAAGGCGUACGGAAAAUGAUAGAGGCGGGUAAUAUUGAUGGAGUCCUUAGUAUUCUUACUCAGCAAGCUCCUUUCGUACUUGAAGAUCAACAUCUUCUCUUCCGUUUGCAGAAACAGAAAUUCAUCGAAUUGCUGAGGAGUGGGGAUGAAGAAGCUCGAAAUAUGGCCAUCAGCUGUUGUCGCACUGCACUUGGUCCUUGUGCUCUCAACGCUUAUCCUGAGGCUUAUGAGGAAUUCAAGCGCAUAAUGUUGGCCUUUAUAUAUGACAAAGAUGACAAAACAUCACCUGUGGCAGAAGAGUGGUCUGAAGAAAGGAGAUUUGAGCUAGCAGCCUUGAUGACAUCAACAUUGAAGGCUUGCUUACGGGCAUAUGAUCCAUGCUUUUCCCAGACACUGAAAUAUUUAUUGAGUAUACAAAAUUCAUAUUACUUUCGCCAAAAUUCUAGAUCUCCAAUUUCUGAUGUUAGCGACAAAUUACUUUUACAAGAACGAGAUCCUCCCGCAACACUUCGUGAGUCUUUAUAUGAAGCUUCUCAAUUUAACGAGGUUGACGUGCAAGCCCUUGCACAUUCAGUGGAGCUUCCAAGACAAGGUGCAAUUGACAGCUUGAGAUACACAGAUGGUGACUUAUUUGCAGCCUUUCAGAAUGAACUUAGUCGAAUGAAGCUGAAUGUGCCAAUGCUUGAUGACCUGGUUCGAGAAUAUUGUGUAUACAGAGGCCUUGUAGAUCCUAGCAUAAAUUCUCCCUCAGGCUCAGAUGUCUCUCUCACAAGUAGAUCAUUGAAGCUUAUCGCAGAAGAUACCAAGCCAGAUGAGACUUGCUCAAUGGACUUUUCUACUGUUAACAUUGAGAGUGGAGAAAGGCAGGCAGUUAUUAAAACAUUUGCAAAUGACAUGGUGAUGGAUGACCUCCUAGAAAAUUGCUCACAUAAGCAAGAUAAAGAUGUUGAAUUGAGAUCUCCAAGUGAACAUGUUUAUGGUGGUGAGGCUUGCAGCACCAGUGGAACAUGUCAGACUGAUAAAUCAGGAGUACAUCUGGGAAGUCGUCCCAGAUGGAAAGGUAGACACAAUGAGAGUGAAUCACAAGGGAACUUAUCAGUGGAUUCUACCAAACAGACAGAUUAUAAUCAGCUGCUUUCUGGCAUCAGUAGUAAGACUCUUGAUCAUGUACAGGGUGGUCUGAAUUGCAAUUAUGUGGACAACUUUCGUUUUGUAUCGGAGAUGCGAGAACUGGCAAGCAAAGGUAUGGUUGUCAAGGUUGUUGAAGAGAUCAAGCAACGGAAUAAAAAAUUCUUUGAGCAAAAUCCUGUGUUGCUAUUUCAACUAAAGCAGGUUGAGUUUCUUAAGCUAGUGGGGGAUGGGGAUUAUGUGGGGGCUCUCAGAGUUGCACGCUCUGACAUGGGACCACUUGCUCAAAGCUAUUCAGACUUGUUGAAACCUCUGAAAGAGACAAUGCUGGCAUUGACAAGGGCAAAGGACACUGCAUCAGUAAAGUGCAUUUCAUUAUCUGUUCUUGCAACUUCUCUUCAGGUUGCACUGGGUGAAAGUCUGGGAAUUGAAGAACCACUAUUGAUGAAGAUAAUAAGAGCCACUCUAUACACUCAUGAAGAAUGGUUUAAGCUUCAAAUGUGUACAGAUCGAUUUGAGAAACUCCUGAGAAUAAAUGAGUUGAAAGAGAUGGAACGCAGCAUGCACACAAACUUAAAUUCUGAGUACAACCCAGACUCUUUUGCGGGUGCUACUGCACAAGUAAUUGGAAGUUCAAGUACUUCAAGGACAUCGGAUGGCAGUAAUCAACCACUAGAUCCUUCUAGAGAUUUGGCUUUUAAUGAAACUGCAAUACUACAAGUAAUGGUAAGAUGUGUUUAA